UGCCAGCUGACCGAAGAACGCGUCCGGAAAAUAGUAAACGUAAACUGACUCAGAACGCGAACGGUUCGUUUCCCGGAAAAUCGUGGAAAUCCCAGACUCCCCCGCGAGGCGUGAACAGCGCAGCCAAGUGAACCGCACAAAAUGCAAUAGCCGCCAAGUGAACUGCAACUGCUAAAGAACUGGCUGGACAAUAACAACGCAAAAUCACAACAAAUUUAUAACGGCAACCGCGUGCUUUUCAAUACUCUUCUCCCGCUCUUUUCGUCGCACUCCUACCACUUUUCCACCCAAAUGCAGUUGUGUGUGCGUGUGUGUGGGCGCUUGGAUUAAAUGAAUUGGAUAAGAACCUUCAAUAAAAGCGCUGAAACUAAAACAAAAGUGAAAUUUCCACGUGCGUUCGCUCUCUCGCGUCUUUAAGUUAAAUUGUUGCUGUAGCUGCUUUUGCGUUUGUUUUGCUGCCAUAGCCGUUCUCCCUCUCUUGCACGGGCUCUCAUUGCUGUCUCCGCUCGCAAAAAACGUCGAUUUACCGUUACCGGCAUCUGGCUGCAUCUUCGAGUGCAAGUGGCACGUGAAUUACCGUUGGAUUAGGACUCUCUUUACCCGGUACACCCACACAAGGACAUCAAAAUGGUGCAGGCACUCGACUACGAUUGCGAGGUUCAGGGGCAACAGGACAUUCCUCAGGCCAUCCAACUUCUGGGUGAGAUGAACAGCAAUGUCAAACAAGUAACAGAUCUCGUGGAGGGCAUGCUGCAGCGUGUGAAGCGCGGUGAACUGACCACAGAGUACGGACUCAGCUUCCUCGAGGUGAAAUACCACAUGCUGCUCGACUACUUGAUUAACCUGACCUACGUGGUGCUGCGCAAAUGCUCCGGCGAGACCAUUGAGGGUGAUCCCUCCAUUGAGCGCCUGAUCGAAAUACGCACAGUGCUGGAGAAGAUUCGGCCCAUAGACCACAAGCUGCGCUAUCAGAUCGAUAAGCUGGUAAAGACAGCCACCACAGGGGUGUCCAGCAGUACAGAUCCCAUACUCUAUAAGCCAAAUCCGGAUGAUAUGAUGAGCAGUGCGGCUGGAGCAGGCCGUGAUGGAGAUGAUGACGAUGAGGAUGAGGCAGAAGCAGGUAGCGAUAGUGAGGAGGAUGAAGAUGAGGAAGAUGAGGAUGGAGCAGGACCAGCGAAAAAGCCGCGCAAGGCAGCCACGGCUGGCAAGUCAGGAGUCUAUGUGCCGCCACGUAUAAAGCCUGUGUACUACGAUGGGGAUGAGCGGGAUGCAGACAAGGAGAAGAAGGCUUUGGAAAGGGCCAAGAAGCGGUCCAUCACUUCCUCUAUGCUGCAAGACCUCAAGGAGGAGUACUUGGAUGCUCCCACUGAGAUAUCCUCUGGCUCGCGGGCUCAGCAGAUACUGUCACAUGCGCAAAAGGAGAAGCAGGAGUACGAGGAGACCUAUUUGAUGCGUCUGCCGGUGACCAAGGCGGAGAAGCAUCGUCAACGCAAGCUGACCACCUUGGGAACACUGGGCGACGAAAUCCUUGGAGAAAUCAGCCGGGAAUCUGCGAUGCGUGGCGAUGGCAGCAAAAAGCGAAAACUGGCCAAGAAGGGCAAGGGCAAGAAGCGUGGUGGCAAAAAGCGAAAGUUCCACUAAAAAUAAUAACUAAAACUUUUAAUUUGCCACAAAAAUACAAAAGAAUAAAUGCAGUAAAUUAUAUUUUUAAAGAUUUGUUUAAAGAAUUAUGCUUUACAUUACUUUUUUUAAUGUUUCUAUAUAUUUUUUGUAUUAAAAAAAAACAAACCUAAGUUGAUAUUUCAUUAUACAAUGUUAAGUUUUUCAAUUAAAAUUAAACUAUUCUUUGAUUUUGAAACAUAACAAAGUGUUUUUAUUUAUUUUAUAUUUAAACUAGGUAUGGUAUUUGUUUUUAUAUUUAAAAUUUUCAGCUAAACAAUUAAGAAGCCGUAACCAGCAAGGCCAUUAUAUGCGUAAAAAUAAUUAAUACUCAAAGUAAUCUAUAAAAAAAACAAAAAUAUAACAAAUGCGCAUUGUAAACUGCAUACAAUUUUAGGCCGAACCAUAAACCAAAUUUUAAGUUGAGUAAGAGAUAUAUAGAAGGAGAAACUAAAUUAAGAAAUCCCCAAAAAUAAAAUCGAAAGUCUAAAUUCUAAAUUGAAUUUAAAUCGAGAAACUUUGUCUAGUAACUAUAUUACAACGCAAAAAAAAAAAAAAACCAAAAGCAAACGAAACUUUUCAAAUUAAAAUUGUAACUUAAGGCACAGCAAAAUUAUUCACUAAUGAAUAACAAAUGUAUUUCGUUGUUUUUAGGAGUCAAAUCUAAAAAAAAAGAACAUUUGGGCAAAUAUAAAAUCAACUUUCGGAGUCUUUAAACAUUACACGGGAAAUUUUAAGUUGAAAUAGAAAUUAAACCAAAAUUCCAAUGCAGCUAAAAAAAAAAACAUAUUGAAAAGCAAAAACCAAAACUAAAAACAAAACAAAAACCUACCACUUCAGUGACAAAAAGCAGAUGCCUUAACAAGAGACCGGUUUAUACAGUAAGAAACGUGCGAAAUGAGAAACAAUUUUAGACAACCAAACUUUCAGUUGGCGUAUAUAAAAGCAAUGAUCGCAAUAAAGACUAUAUAGAACUACGAUAACGUAAGCCCCACCCAAAACCAAAAACAAAACCAAAAUAAAAGAAAUGGAGAUUGAUAUUUGAGUAAGCUUUCAGAGGAAAUGUGUCGGAAAGUGAUUUUAGUUUCAACCAAAAAUGAAAACUCCUAAAAACAACUGAAUUUAGACACAAAAUUUUAUAUAUUUCUUAUAUAUAUAUAACUUUAAAUUAAGGUUAAGCAAAACCAUUUUGGAGAUCGAAUAGAUGCUACGUCCAUGCAAAAAAGAUUUUAAAUUGAGGAAACCCAAAACGAAGGCAGUUUACUUAAAAACAAAAAAGAAAAUGGUGGAUUGAGAUUGGAAAACUAUAUUAAAAAAUAUAUAAUAAUUACUACAACUAAAUGUAAAUGAUAAAUACAAGAAAAGUAGCAGUAAGUUAAGUAAGGCAGCAAAGCAAACAAAGCAAACUUUUGGCUUUUACAACCAACUUUGAACGGGAUGUGAAAUUUUUUCAAAAUUCUCUUGAAACAACUUUUUGGCUAUAAAUUUUAAAGACAA